GUAACUGAUUCCUAAUUUAUACCAUUGUUAAAACUCAAAACAAACAUCCUGCAGUCAUUGAGAUAACUCGGUGAAAGAAUUAUACGAUUAAGGCAGUACUCUACAUAGUCAUAAUGGCUGACUUCCUUUAAAAAAACAUGGAUGACAAAAUCGAUAUCAGCAAUAUUUUACUUUUCCUUUUCCAUUUGAAUACCUAGCCGAGUAGCUCAGUAGGUUAGAAUACCGACUGCUGAACUGUAGGUCGCAGGUUCGAGUCCAGCUGGGGUUUUAAAUUUUUUUCAGAUUACCUUCUACUAAAACUGUUUUUUUUGACAAAAUAAAGUAAAUUUGAAAAUUUUCAAAUUCAAAAUAUUGUUGUACAUAUCCUACACUUUUCAUCUACAUCAAAUGUCUCUGGUGUAGCAUACCUCCUUAAAUGUUUUCAAUUUGGACCCGUUUCGACUGCAAGACCAUUCAAAAUUUGUACCGAAACCUCCACAAGUGCGGAGAUCGAAAGCCUAUCACAAAAUGUUAUUGAAUAAGCAUUAUUUUAGUCAGAGAUAAGAAAAUUAUCUCCUCCUUCAAAUGGUGGCAAUUGCUUUUUGCAUUUUUUUUUUAUGAGUUGUAGAUUUUGUAAGUGGCAAAUCAAAUGCGAGAGUUUUCUGCAAACUGACGUAGUAAACCGUUCAUACGUAUGUUCACAGUCUAAAUAUAGCUCAGCUCCAUAUAUUCACUCCAUGAAUGUCUGCACAAAGUAAGUAAAGAUAUUGUAAAAACAAUGGAUUUAAUUCUAUCUACUUGACGUUACCGAACCAGAUAAUUAAACUUAUCUGAUCUAGUUCACAUUCAAAACCUUUACGGGGGAAUUUAAUGCAAAAUUUUGAAACGUAAUUCUACUUCAGGUUAAAGACCUUUGACAAUAACUGUGAUUAGCAUAAAUAUUUAUAAUUGUCAUAUUUACAUGUACAAACGCUUACCAUCAAGGUUAAUGCGAUAUAAGUUUUACUCGCACAAAACAUGAAUGCAUGUAAAUACGAUGUCAUUAAAGAUCAUUGAAAUGAAAACAUUUGCCAUUAAAAACACAUUAAUUCUGUGUUGUCAAUGUAGAGUUUCCCUCCUAAUACAGCGUAGUAAUAAAAACGUUAUAUCAAUGUGAAUGCUUUAAAAUUCUAUGUUUGAAUUAUUCAAUUCCGCUCAUGGAUGCAAUGUAAGAUUUAGAUUUUGUUUAACCCAGAGAGCAUAUAUAUAAUCACGAGAUGAAUGAACGCUACAACUGAAAUUAAGUGGAUCUGUCUUCAUGAAUUGCCGAACUGCCUUCAGCUAAAGGUUUCACUGUGUCAGUUCAUGCAGACUGCUCUGUCCUAUCAUUCAUGGCGACAUUUGGGUUUCUGCUAGUAGAACAAAAUUCCCAUAAAUACUUCACUGCUUUAUAAGUCAUCUUGUUGGUUUUGGCGUCCCUGUUGAUGCUAGAACUCUUGUUGAUGUCGGAGAUAGUAAGAAAAGACCUGAAUUUUCCUUUAAGUUGUUUCAUAAUGGAAUAUCAUUUAAAACCGUUGCUUACAUACUAAUUUUGACUACAGAUUACUCCGUUUACCUUAUCAAGAUACAGGGCUCACAACGGGUGUGGCCACUCAACAGGGGAUACGUACUCCUCAUAGGCACAUGAUCCCACCUUUGUAUGUCCAGGGGUCCAUGUUUGUCCUGCUCCUAAGAUUGAAUUCUUUAUUGGGGAUGUGAAAUGGAAUACCAUUGUUAUUUUCAUUUUUUAAAUUAAAUGAAUACACCCUGUGAUCAUUUCUAAAUCUUGUCAAACAGAUGAAUAAUCGUCGACAUACUUGUAUCUCAUUUCUUGACUCUAGGGGGAUUUAAUGAAAUCUCCGUAGAUACUCAACAUUUACCACAUACAUGUGUAGUUAUAUUCAUUUCAAAUAAUACCCUUUUAGAUUUGUUUUAAUUAAAGAAGCAUGGUGAGAAACUUUAAAGCUCUCCCUUUAGUUUAUCAUUGCUGAUUUAUUCAUUUUUUUUUUUUUUUUUUUUGCAAAUUGAACAGAAAGAUGACCUUGAACUUUUUACUUUCAGUAAACUUAACCAUAUUGAUAAUAUAUUUUGUUUCAGCUAACAUUUAACCCUAUAAGGUUUGCAAGGGUGUUUAUUCCGCGCAGUGAUAUAAAACGGCACCUCCAGGAUCCCUACUGAUAUUUAGAUAAACGAUCUUAGCAUUUACAGUCCAUUACCUGACGCCAUGCGAGCGGGUUUAGAUAACUGGAUCGACAUAUCUGUCCUGGUGUUGUACUUUGCCUUCGUUUUUGUUGUCGGAAUAUUGUCCAUAUGGAGAAGAGACCAGAAAACGACAAAAGGUUACUUCUUGGCGGGAAGAUCCAUGCUUUGGUUCCCGAUCGGUGCAUCCUUGUUCGCCAGCAACAUCGGAUCAGAACACUUUAUUGGACUGGCCGGAAGUGGGGCGUCAAGUGGAAUAGCUGCGGUUGCAUUUGAAUGGGGGGCUGUGUUUUCUUUGUUAAUGCUGGGAUGGGCGUACCUUCCAGUUUACCUAACAUCAGAGGUUUACACAAUCCCAGAAUUUCUGAAGAGACGUUUUGGCGGGAAAAGAUUAAGAAUUUAUCACAGCCUGAUACUUCAACUGUCUUAUAUUGUUACCAAGAUAUCAGUUGACGUGUACGCUGGUGCUGUGUUUAUCCAACAGGCUGUGGGAUGGAACACCUAUCUGUCUAUCCUUAUUUUACUGGCUGUUACUGCUCUCUACACUAUCUUGGGCGGACUGGCUGCUGUGAUAUUUACAGACACAUUACAGACCAUCAUCAUGGUUGUCGGAGCUACAGCUUUGUCCAUAAUGAGUUUUAUAAAGGUUGGUGGAAUGUCUGCAUUGAUGUACAAGUACUUUGAGGCUAUUCCAUACAGCGGACUCACUCCCCUGUCACUGGAUACUAACUCGUCGUUGAAUGGCACCUUUAAUUUGACGUACGACAUGUCAUCUAAUGUAAGUCUACAGUGUGGCUUGCCUCGUUCUGAUGCCUUCCAUAUAUUCCGGGACCCUCUUAAUUCGGAUCUACCCUGGCCCGGCGUGAUGAUACGCACGACUCUGAUUAGUACCUGGUUCUGGUGCUGUGACCAGCUGAUCGUCCAGAGAACGUUAGCAGCUAAAAAUCUAGCCCAUGCUAGAGCUGCCACCAUUUUUGCUUCCUAUCUGAAGUUAUUACCGAUGUUUGUUAUCAUUCUUCCAGGGAUGAUAAGCAGAAUAUUGUUUCCAGACACCGUAGCAUGCGUAGAUCCUCACAUUUGCAUGGAGGUGUGUGAAAAUCCAGCUGGUUGUUCCAACAUUGCCUAUCCUAAGCUAAUUUUAGACUUGGCUCCAACUGGCAUGCGCGGACUGAUGAUGGCGGUGAUGAUAGCUGCUUUGAUGAGUUCUCUGACGUCAAUUUUUAACAGUGCUGCUACUCUCUUCACCAUGGAUUUGUGGACACGUGUCAGGAAUCAAGCCACAGAAAGGGAACUUCUUAUUGUUGGAAAGGUAUUCGUAUUAGUUUUAGUAGGGUUCAGUGUUCUCUGGAUUCCUUUAAUUCAAGCAGCACAAGGGGGACAACUCUAUUUCACAAUACAAGCCCUAACAGGAUACCUGGCACCUCCGAUUGGAGGGAUUUUCCUGCUAUCUAUAUUUGUCCCUAGAGUCAACGAACAAGGUGCGUUUUGGGGUAUGCUGAUUGGUCACGUGAUAGGCGGUACACGUAUGAUCCUGGACUUUGUAUACCCCUCACCUAAAUGUGGAGAAGAGGACACUCGCCCUAGUGUGGUUGCCGAUAUCCAUUUCACUUAUUUCUCCGUCCUCCUGCUGGGUCUGUCCUGGGCAGUAUGUCUCACCGUAAGUCUGCUAACCAAGGCGCCGCCAAGGAAAGCGUUAAAAGGUUUGACCUUUUGGACAACUGAAAAAAUAGGACCACCCCCAAAGGAAGAUUACAACUUCAACACGGGAAAACAUAAUGGAAGAUCAGAAAUUUUCAAAAUUCAAGAUACGUCGGUCGAGAUAUCAAGAGAGACAAAUAAAGAUUCAAACUAUGGAGAGUUUAAGAUACGACGAGACAGCUCUUCGUCUGUGGAAAACCAGGAGGGACCCGGAUUACAGUUCAGAAGAAAGUUGUACAUGACCAAGACCAUCAAUAUUGUACUCAACAUUAAUGCUGUUUUCCUUCUUGCCAUCUUUGUAUUUCUGUAUGCCUAUUUUGCAUGAAAAUUUCUUGGUGUUGGUGACAGUAACAUGACAGCAGUUGUAAGUUGAAUCAUGAUACAGUUUCGUUAAAAAUAUUUAGUGUUAACAUUUGUAUAUAUGCGGAGGGAUUUAGUAACAUACAAGUUCGUUCGUACGUUCGUUCGUGUGAUCUCUUGCCUGAUUUUUCUCAAACUUAAAAGUGACACAUUGUAUAAAAAUCUUGGUAUCUAUAUAAUCCCAAGGUUACAUGUGAAUUGUUAAGAUCACUAGUUGGGAAUGUCCGGAAUAUUGUGAAAAUGUUGGAGCUACACUCCCCAUUCUGUCCGACUUGAAAGGAUGUGACCUUGUAAGAAAAUAUUGGUUCCUACUGGUCAUCAAGGUACAUGUAAAAAGGUAAAGGUCACUUCAAGGGAAACUCCGAAACUUCUUGGGAUAGAUUCAAGCUACAUUUUCAUUCAGAGUUUGAUGGCAUCCUGUAAAAAGAUGUUGGCUUUCAAAAUUAAAUGUGUAAUAACGAAGCUAUUGGAGGGAAUAUUCCAAAAUAACUUUCCCAGCAAUAUUUAAGUUAUAUUUUGUUAUUCAAUACUUAUCAAUCUGAAGUUGCAGGAAUGAAAAAAUAUAUAACGAUUUGGGUUUAUGUCUUACUGAAUGAAUAUUUACACAAAUUGCUGCAAAGAGAACAAAUUCAUACUAAUAUGGUACUAAUUUAUGUAUACUAAUAUUUAUCUAUUGUAUGGCCUAGGCAGGAGUUUAGUUACUCUAAUUCGUCUACUGGUUUUCCAAAAGUGCAUAGUCAUUAAAUUUCGUUUGAUUUGGAAGUUAUUAUGUUUACUGCGACAAACAUCAUAAGAUACUUCGAUAUUGCUUGAAUUUGAAAUCUCAAGGAACUUGGUUAGCGAUGGCUGUGAUGAUUAUAGGGUUAUUAGCUAUUUUUUGUACCCACUGAGUGACAACUGAUCCAGUGAAUUCGUCACGCAUAGCAGUGUACAUCAUUGUGAAUGAUUUAUAGUUGUAGGACUAACCUUCUUGUAACAACAUUUCACCCUUGAUAAUUUACUUCCUUCCUCUUUGUGACAUGGGUACAAAGCAUCAAUAUUUUGAACUUUCAAUGAUGCCUAAAUAAUAAGCAGUGCGGUAUUAAAUAAACGUUGUAUAUCGGGUAAAUCACACGAAGAGGUAACAACACCGCAGUAUAAAAACUCAUUUUUCGUCAAAACAAGUGAAUAGAACCACCUGGACAAUAGUAUUGUUACUGUCACGGAACAAGUGAAUAGAACCACCUGGACAAUAGUAUUGUUACUGUCACGGAACAAGUGAAUAGAACCACCUGGACAAUAGUAUUGUUACUG